AUGGUAGAUCAGUACGAGGCGGAAUUCGCGAGAUUGUCUAAGUUCGCGCCGAGAAUGGUGGAACACCCUGAGGAUAAGGCGCGAAGAUUUCUAGAUGGAUUGAGAGCGGACAUCCGUAGCCAGUUGCUACUAGUAAAUCUGGGAACGUAUAAGCAGAUAUUUGAUAGGGCCCAGAUUCUUGAGCGGGAUCAGAUGGAUAGAGCCGCCGCAUCUGGAUCGAAGUUUGUCCAGGGUUGGAAUAACCGUAAUCUGGGAAAGAGGCCGAUGAUGGAUAAUAGGCUUUUUACUCCACCAGUUAAAAGGAAUAUUGGAAAGCCAAUCCGGAUUGGGAAUGGUUCGUGUAGGAUUUGUGGAGGUCGACAUGGAAACGGGCCUUGUCCAACCAGGGAUGGAGCUUGCUUUGGAUGUGGAGGAUUUGGGCAUCAUAUAAAGAAUUGCCCCAAUUCCAGGCAGAAUAGACCGCUUGCUUUGCCGCCACCUCGGAAUGAGAAUCAGACUGGAGUGGCCCAGACAGCGAAUCUGAAUCAGAAUAGGCCUCAAGCGCAAGGACGAUUUGUGGAGUUAGUUGGAAUAGAACCGCAAUUGCUUGAUGUUGUGCUAUGUGUGACGACUCCUUUAAACGAUAAGAUGUUGAUAUCUCUGGGUUGUCCAAACUGUAAGAUCGUGAUUGGGGAUAGGGAGGAAUUGAUCGAUCUAGCGGUUCUAGAUAUAUAUGAUUUUGACGUGAUAGUAGGGAUGGAUUGGAAGUCGAGGAGGACCCUCGAUUCUGUUGAUAUCCUCGGUGGAAAUGGCAAAAUUGUUGAAUGA